AUGAGUCCGUCCUGGGAUUCCAAUGGCAGUAGCGUUGACGAUGAGAAGGACAAAGUAGAAAAGGUGCUUUUUUCCUUGGUAAUAACAGCUGUGUUUGACCGCAAUGUUAACUGUCGAAGGGCUGCCUCAGCUGCUUUCCAGGAGAACGUUGGAAGACAGGGUACAUUUCCACAUGGAAUUGAAAUACUCACAGCAGCUGACUAUUUUGCAGUUGGAAAUCGGACCAAAUGUUUUUUGAAUAUUAGCAUUUACAUUGUUGGAUUCCCUGAGUAUACACAACCUUUGAUCGAUCAUCUGAUACAAAAGAAAUUUAACCACUGGGAUUGUGCCAUUCGAGAACUCACGGCAAAGACCCUUCAUAAUCUUACUCCACAUGCUCCAGAAUAUAUGGCAAAUAUUGCUUUGCCAAGAUUGUUACCUUUAGCAACAGGCAUCGAUUUGAACACUCGUCAUGGAGCUGUCUUGGCCUGUGCAGAAAUUGUUUAUGCACUGUAUAAAAUGACUCUUGAGAACAACAGACCAGUGACUGACUAUAUUAAUGAGAAUACAUUGGAAAGCCUGAAGAACAUUCAUCGAAAGCUUUAUAACUGCCAGUUAUAUAGGGGGUUUGGUGGAGCAUUUAUGAGACCAGCAGUUUGCUGUUUCAUUGAGAGAAUGUCACUGUCAAAAAUGCCUUUGAAGAAUGACCCUAUAAUUGAUGAAUGGCAGUGGCUUAUUGAUGACAGUCUGAAAAGCAUACAUCACUUUACCAGCACUGCAAAGCAGAAAAUCAAGUUUCAGGAAGCUGUGAUCUCAGCACUGACUGCUUUGUGCAAUGAGUACUAUCAAACUGCCCAGGGAACUGCAGAUCCUGAAAUACAGAAUAAGCUAGUGGACAAAUAUAUUUCAGAACUUCAACUUUCUGAAGAAAUGACUCGCUGUGGAUAUUCUUUGGCUUUGGGUGCACUUCCUAAAUUUAUGCUCAAUGGUAAACUCCACCAGGUGUUAGAAGGACUACAGAGAGUCACCUGGAUCACAGUGAAAGAUACCACCUUUGCAGAAGCGAGGAGGGAUGCACUAAAAGCCAUUGCUCAAGUCUGUAAAACUGUAGGAGUGAAUGAAGAUGGACCAUGUGAUCAAGUCGUCUGCCGAAAUAAUGUGUCCCAGAUCUACAAUAGUCUUUUAGAUUGUUUGAAUGACUAUACUACUGACAGUCGAGGGGAUAUUGGAGCAUGGGUACGAGAAGCUGCCAUGACAAGUUUGAUGGAAGUAACAAUACUCCUUGUACAAACUCAACCUCAGCUCAUCUCUCCUGAUAAUUGUAGACAAAUGAUGUGCUACUUGGCUCAACUGUCAGCUGAGAAGAUUGAUCGAUUUCGAGCACAUGCUGGCUCAGUUUUUCUUCGAAUUCUGCACUUUGACAACCCUGUAGUUCCACACAUUCCACACCGGGAGGAGCUAGAGAAUAUUUUUCCACGGUCAGAAUUUGAAACACUGAAUUGGAGUGCGCCCUCUCAAGCUUUCCCUCCUAUCACAAAGCUUCUGGGACUUCCAACUUACCAGUACCGUGUUCUGCUGGGUCUCACUGUUUCAGUAGGAGGACUUACUGAAUCCACGGUGCGAUAUUCAGCCCAGUCACUUUUUGAUUAUCUCAAAACAAUCCGAAAUGACCUGGAAGCCAUGAACAAGUUUUGUGGAACAUUAAUACAAAUCUUUAAGGAUAAUCUACAUAAUGACAGGGUGUCCAUCCCUAUGCUGAAGAUGCUUGACCAAAUGCUGGCUAAUGGAUGCUUUGAUAUUUUCACAGGAGACGAAAGUCAUUUCUACGCCAAAGAGUUGCUUACCCUCUGCAAGGAAGAAAUCCGGAAGUCCAAAGAUGUCCAGAAGCUUCGAGCUAGCAUUUCCGUGUUCUGUGGUCUUAUUCAGUUCCAAGGUGAAAUCAGAAAAAAUGUUCUCUUCCAGCUCUUACUGUUGUUGUGCUACCCCUUCCCAAUAAUAAGGAAGACGACUGCUAGCCAGCUGUAUGAAAUGCUUUUAACAUAUGAUGACGUAAUUGACGCAGAAGUAUUGGAUGAAGUGAUGGCGAGUCUUAGUGACAACAACUGGGAUGCUGAUCUUCCCACAGUCCGAGCUCAACGGAAUCACCUAUGUGAUCUGAUGGGAGUCCCGAAACCAAUAAUCGCUACUAAGCUGCACCAAGGCGUUCUAUGAUGGAAGAUUUAUCAUGUGUUUGGACAAACAAGGGCAUGCAGAGAGCUAAAUGUGUGUUCAGUCUACUGGAUCUCAGAUGCCUUUCACAAACUGUUCCAAUCUGGAUGCCACUACAAAGCAAGGCAUGUAAGAAGAUGCCUGAAGAGCUGCUCAGCAUGUGAAAAUACAAACGAAUAAAGAGUAGACUGUGUUCAACCUCAGCAUUCCCCUCCAGAUGUUGUUCUUGAUGUGGUUACCAAUUUCCUUAAGAUCCUACAGGGGGUAAAAUGCUGAAUGAGUCAGAUGUGAAUGCACUAAUGUUAGCAAAUGUGUUUUUUAAUGUCGUGUUUAGAUGUAACCCUUCCCCCACAAGAUGGCACCUCUGCUCCCUCAACGUCCUUUAUUCAGGUAGACUGUACAAGAGUGAACGUUCUGUUUUGUAUAUCAGCCUGACCCUAAAACAUUCUUCAAUAAAAUCAUGAGUUUUGCUUCUACUUCA